AGCCUACAGCGCGUACUGGGCGUGUCUGCACGUUUCACCAACCCGAGGACACAGCUGUCACUGCAAGGUCCGCCAGUCAUGUCGGCAGUAAACGAGGGUCUGGAGGGGACGGUCGCGGAUCUGGGCGCCCUGCUGGAUGCCGGGGAAGGCGCUGUGGUGACACUCGUGGCAGGCGAGACCCGGCUGGCGGCGCACAAGGCCGUGCUGGGGGCCAGGAGCCCCGUGUUCGCCGCCACGUUCCGCCACGACACGGCGGAGGCCCGGAGGGGCAAGGUGGUCAUCCGGGACGUGGAGGGGCCGGUGCUGCGGCAGCUGCUCGUCUACUGCUACACCGGCGAGGCCCCCCAGCUGGCCGGCGUCGCGCCCCAGCUCCUCACCGCCGCCGACAAGUACGGCCUGACUGCCCUGAAGGGCCGGUGCGAGCGGCAGCUGGUCUCGCAGCUCGACGUGGACAACGCCGCGGCCGCAGCCGUGCUGGCUGUGAGGCACUCCUGCCCCGGCCUCACCGAGGCCGCAGUCGCCUUCGUCCGAGAACACAGCCACCGGGUGAUGGCCUCGCAGGGCUGGGCGGAUGCCGUGCUCAACAGCCCCUGUGAGGUGAUAGAGAUCCACCGCCUGCUCGCGGACCCGCCGCAGGAAUCCAGCGAGCCAACCACCGAAGACAGCGAGCCACCUGCUGCCACUCCACCAGAGGGCGGACAUGGUGGGACGCCUGCCGCUGCCUCUGAUGCUGCGCCACCGCCCACAGAUCUUCUCCCUCGAGUGCAUGAGCCGAUCACCCAAAACAGCGAGCCACCUGCUGCCACUCCACCAGAGAGCGGACAUGGUGGCACGCCUGCCGCUGCCGCUGCCGCUGCUGCUGCCGCUGAUGCUGCGCCACCGCCCACAGACUCCCUCUCUCGAGUGCGGAACUUGUCAGCAAAGGAAAAGAGCAGAAGGCUUCUCCAAGCGGCUAAAGAUGGGGCACUGGAGGAUCUGCGAGCCCUGCUGGCCGUGGGUGCAGACACGGGAUCGUGGGACUGGUACGGGUGGAGGGCCCUGCACUACUCGGCCGACAGAGGAGACGUGCAGGCAGUGCAGUGCCUCCUGAACGCUGGAGCAGAGGUCGAUGCCAGGACCUGGUGGGGGCGCACGGCCCUGCAUCGGGCCGCAGUGAGGAACCGCGCGGCACUAGUCCCAGCACUGGCAGCGUGCGGGGCUGACGUGAAUGCGACAGCUGUGGCCGGGUGGACGCCGCUGCACGAUGCGGCAGAGCACGGCAGCGCAGAGGCAGCGACUGCGCUGCUACGUGUGGGCGCAAAUAAGGGCGCCAGGACUCACAACCGACUCACGCCCCUACAAGUCGCCGUAGCUACCAACAGAAAGCAACUGCUACACAUUCUAAAAUGAAGCUUUAAGUCAAACAGUACCAUCUGUACUAGGGAAUUCUGAGAGAUUCAUAAUAUCCAUUUAUAGAUAAUAAAAGACUGAAAAAUACAAGAGAACAAAAUAUAUCCUGUUGUAACGUGUGCGUGGGGCACACAAUACUCAUUAAAGCCUGUACUAUGAUAAGUGACUGGGGUUCACUUUACAAGGCAGGAUUUUUGUAUAGAUAUUGACCGUGUGUACCUGAAUGGUGGCAAAUCAGACUUACACCCACUCUGUAAUAACAAUGAUCCGUCAAGUAAGUUCGAAAUGCAACUACACGUCAGGACGGACAAAAACAAACAACACAGAAGAUGCUACCAAUUUGUUAAUAAUACGGUCGCCAGCCUAAUUAGGUAUUAACUGACUUUCUUCCCUGUACAAGUUGGCAGCUAUUCGUGCAAAGCAACAA